AUGGCAACCGCUAUGACAUUGCCUAAUUAUCCGACAAAAGCUAAGCCUUCGACUACGAAGUGUGUGAAAUCAGCAGGAUUUCAGAUAACUGCGUGUGCUUUCGGCCGGAAAUUAUAUUCUCAGUGUUCUUUUGUCCAUGUGGCUGAACCCUAUUUGUUCAAGAGUUUUCGCACAAGGGCUUGGCGAAUUAAGAGCAGCGUAGAUAGUAGUGGAUUGGAUCCUUCUUCCUCAAAUGGUACUAGUGGUGGAACACGAUUAGUAAGGGCAAUUCAAGCUCUCCAGACCCGGUUGGGUGCAAGAAUUCGGGAGAUAAGGAAAAAUCUUCCGAUGAAAUUACUCUUUUUCUUGGUGGGAUUUUAUUGUGCAACUGCCUUUGCUACUGUUAUUGGUCAGACAGGCGAUUGGGACAUUUUAUCUGCUGCAUUGGCUGUGUUGGUUGUGGAAGCGAUUGGAGCACUCAUGUAUAGGGCUUCUUUUCCCUUGGUCAAAAAUAUUCGGAGCCUUAUCAGCAUGUUUAAUUAUUGGAAAGCUGGACUUACUCUUGUUGAAAAGCUCUGCAGGGUCAAUGGCGAUUGGGAUGAGGCACAUUUGAUGGGAUCCCUUGUCUGUCCUCCAUCAAGAGUAAGCAUGUUGAGUUCAUUAACUGAAGAUGGUGUCCAGCAAUGUGAUCCUCUUAUUAAUGGCUUACUGACUUCUUUCCAUCGCCUCAAUGUUGUUAUGCUCUGUAAUUCGGUUGUAGAAAGAAUUAUGGUUGAGAUGGUAGCUCAAAGGACUCUGAAGUCCGACCCUUGUGCACUACUAAAUCUUGCUACAUUUAAUGGAACUUCGCACGCUGGUUCUGCAUGCCCAGACCAGCCAUCUACUGGACCCUCUUGCUACAUUUAUGUAGAGUUGGCCGGAUAA